CUCUACUCUCCACCCCUUAACUCUUCUCUCCUCCUCCUCGCGCUCUCUCUCCUCCUCACCUCUCUAACUCUACACUUCCUUCUAACUCACAAUAUACUGAGGAUAGAUCGAGCCCAGUUCCCAUUCCCUGUCCCCUCUGACACUGUGCCCGGAUUUGGGGCAAUUGCAGACGGGGGUGAAGAGGGAGUCUGAAGCGAUCUCUCUCUCUCUCUCUCUAUUUCCUCUCUGUGCAAUGUCACAGCUCCAAGUGUUGCUGGCCGCUGUUAGUUCUUUCAGAUUGGAUUAUAUAACAGUUAUUUAUUUUGGGGGGGAAAGUUGCAGACGAGUACAGAGCAGCGCAAACUGAACUCGGAUGUAACAUUCGGAGUCUUGUGAAAGGAUACUGGUCGGACAUAAAACAGAUCCCAGGGGAGAUAAAUGCUGCCUUUAACCAAGAGACAAGGUGCAGGCAGAGAAAUCCCAUGGAAAACGAAUGUAUACGGGCAGCUAAGAGACGCAUGGAGAAACAACAAUAAUUCCAGAUCACAGGAAUCCAGGAUCAGUUGCAAAGAUGGAUAGAUUUCCAGGAUUAGAGAGUGCCUGACCUGGGGCAGAUGGGCAGCAGUCCGAUCCAACUGACCAAGACCAAACUGGGGAAGCUGCAGAUUGUCCACCGGCGCCUGCUCCAGCGCUAUGAGUACCAGCCUUUCCUCUCCUGCCUGGCAGGACUCUACGGCUGCCAGUGGAGACGUUACCAGCGCACGCGGAUCCUGCCCGGAGAAUUCUGCUGCAGCAAGUUUGAAUUAUUCUGCUUUGGAAUUCUCGUGUCAACGUUUGGCCUGGCGUUUGUUCUCCUUUACUUUUGGGGUGAAGCCAAGAAUGACUACAAUGAUUUCGAUUGGAAUUUUUAUAGCGGCAAGUGGAUUCCCUGGUCUGUAGUCGUCCUUGGGGUGACAGCAACAUUUUUUACAUACAUCGCUAUUUUACUGGUUCUGGCGAUCUGUCUACUCAGCGAGGGCCAGCGGCUGCAUCUAUUCUGGGGCCACAAGAUUGGGAUUGUUCUAGUAUUAGCUGUGUGUGCCGUUGCCAUUGGUUUCUUGUACCAUCAGUGGCGUGAGGAAUGGAAUACAUUCACCCUCUCCUUUCAGGUCACCGCUCCGUAUCUGCACGUUGGAGCUGUAGCAGUGAUGACUGUGCUUUCCUGGCCAGUGGCUCAACACUUUGCCAGGAUGAACAGAAAAGCUCCCAGAGCCAUCAUUUUGGGUCUAUAUUUUGCUGUUCUGCUUUUCCUCUACCUGGUGCCUCUCGGUAUGUAUUCUCCCUGCAUCAAAGAGAAGGGGACCCUGGGGCCAAAGCCAGCCAUUAUUGGACACAGAGGAGCACCAAUGCUAGCACCAGAAAACACAUUGAUGUCAUUUGAGAAGACGAUAGAACAUGGAGCAGACGGUCUGGAGACUGAUGUCACCAUUAGUUGGGAUGGAGUGCCGUUCCUCAUGCACGAUCAAACGCUGAGAAGGACCACCAACAUUGAAGAGGUGUUCCCGAGCAACAAGACGAAGAAUGCAGCCUCCUUUAUUUGGAAUGAACUGGCAGAACUGAAUGCAGGGAAAUGGUUCCUCCAGGACAACCCCUUCGGAACGAAACAUUUGUUGUCACGUGAGGAUAGGGCGAAGGCCAACAGGCAGUCGGUCUGUCAGCUCAGUGAGCUCCUCAAGCUGGCUGCUGCCCAUGGGAAGUCCGUCAUCUUUGACCUGUUCAGGCCUCCCCACAAGCACCCGUACCGAAACAGCUUCAUACACCAGACUGUCACCACCAUCCAGAGGUCUGGCAUCAACGAGAGCUUGGUUCUCUGGUUGCCCAAUGCGAUGAGAUCAUUUGUGCAGCAGAUGAUGCCUGGAUUUGUGCACAUUCACGGAGGAAAGAAGCCCAUCAAAGAGUUACAGGAGGACAAAAUUGACAAACUCAACAUACGCUACAGUGAGAUUUCCAGCAAAGAGAUCAGAAUGUAUGCAGCUGCCAACAUCAGCACCAACCUCUAUGUUGUGAGUGAGUUGUGGCUCUUUUCUUUGGUGUGGUGCUCAGGUGCCCAUUCAGUCAUCACCAAUGCUCCACAGCAGCUGAAGGAACUCCACUGGCCCUGGUUUCUAAUGACCCCUUCUCAGUACAGAACUAUGUGGAUUUCAGCAGAUGUUGUAUCAGCCGCAUUGAUCCUAAUAAUAUUCACCUUCAAUUGGUGGAGAGAGAACGGAUUGCCAUGCUUUCCAUAUGAGAGAAGUGGCAGCGAUAACCUGGUUUAUAGCAAGUUUCAAACAGAAAUGAACAACGUCUGGUCCAUUUCCAAAGAAGCUGACUACAGUGGUGACAGAAUGUCGAACACAACACCCACAUCAGAUGCCAUUGGCCCUGCCUGACCAGCGGUUGGAAAAUAAAUGGAAGAUGUUGUCAGGGUGUAGUUGCGGGGGUGGAGAUGGUGGUAGAAGGUGGUAGAAGGGAGGAGGAAUGGUACGAUCCCAAGUACAUAAGGAAAGGCAGCAGGCUGUGCAGACAAGUAGCUACAGAGUGAUGUCCACCUGCAUCCUUUCCCCAGUGUCGCUGGCUUUGGGAGUCCACUGGCAGGAAGAGUUCCCUCAUUGUGCUCAGACUGAUCGAGGACCCAAUGAAUGAAACUCGUGAUUCAAUUUGCUCUCGAGACGUGAGAGUCGCUGACAAGGCUGACCUCAUUCGCCCAUCUCUUACGUGGCUCAAGAGGAGAUGGUGCAAUAGGUGAGGAACUAGCUAACCAUGCCACUUGGAGGAGGCAGUGAAGAGUCGGCCAUGUCAGUGGGUGAAUCCUUCCAUCUUCACCGGAUCUUCAGCACCCGCAGUUAAACCCUGGAACUUUCUCCACUACCUUUGUGACUUGUGUUCAAUCUUAAUAGCUACAUGCAAAUGUGGAGUUCAGCUGUGGGAGGGGGCAGAGGGUGGUGAGGGAGAAAUUGGAGCAGUUAGUGUUUUAUUUAAAAAUAAAAUGAAAAUUCAAGAUUACCGGUCAUCUUGGCUAUGUGUUUUGGUGCUCAUGGUUUGUACAUCCCUAUUGCCCAUCCCUACAGGGGGCAACACCCAGCCAUUAUAACACAAUAAUA